AUGGUGGCAAUCAGAUUCAGUUUUACUGGAGAGAACUUCCCACACCACUGCAAAACUGACAUCAGCCCAAACUUGACAUAUAAAAAGCAGCUCAACCUUACCAUUCCCACUAGAGAAGAUCAGGAGUAUGACAGCUGCACGAUGGUCUCACCUGUGGAUUUGGAUUUAGAUUUAGAAAUGAUUGAAGCAUACGGGAUUAAUAGUACCACAAAUUGCAUUGAAGGGUGGGUUUACCAGUUAUAUGAAAGUGCUGUGAGGUAUAACCAAGGGUUGGGUACCAAAUUUAAUUUAGUGUGUGACGACAGCGGUUUAAAUGAGACAACCCAGUCCAUUUACAUGGGAGGACUUCUGCUUGGAGGGCUGGUAUUUGGAGCAACGGCUGUAAGGUUUGGCCGCCGGUAUGUUGCCUCUGCUUUCUCACCAAACAUCUAUGUUUACAUUGCACUUCGAUUUGUCCUUGGUGCCGCAGUUUCUGGUGUUUGGAUUAAUUCUUAUGUCAUAGGCGUUGCCUAUUUUGCCGGUGAUUGGAGGAUUCUACACCUGGUGUUUUCAAGCCCUUUGAUCCUGUUACUUCUAGCCGGAUACUGGUAUGUGAACCCUUCUUCUGACUAUCUUAAGUAUAUCACAGUUAAUCAUGUUUAUUAGGUCAAAUUGACGUUUUGCGCAACAUCAAGUGAUAAAUCAAUUCCUUUUGACUUGAAUCAUUUACCACAUCAAAAUGCAGUGUCAUAAAAGUAAAGGAUCUUUAUGAGACCUUUCAACCUUUAGCUUUUUAGAUUAAUUUAUUUAUAAAAAAUGCACCAUGAGAUUUCUAAAGCUUAUAAAUCUGCAAUUUUCUGCGACCCCAGGUGGGGUUGCAGAAAAUGUAUGUGUGCUGGCUAUUGUUGAGCAAUUUCUUUGGUUGUAAAAAAAAAAAGCUCAUUGUGGAUUACUGUUGAUUGUGUAGUGGCCUUGAAAAAGUGUUUACUUGUAAUUAAAAAUAAAUGUCUAACUCAGUAUAGUUUAUGAGUGUUUAUAAAAUUUCCAUCUAUGUUUUCUCUUGCUGCCUGUUGUUCCUGUCAGGCAGAGUGGGCUUGGUAUAAAUUCCAUUAUUAUUCCGAUAUAUAUUAUCGGGGCCAUCCUAGCUCCUCUCAUCAGACUACUACAGGUCUACCACCCUGCCAUCCCUAUGGUGUUGUAUGGCACCAUUCCCUUAAUAGGCGGGAUGCUCUGCUUUCUGCUGCCCGAGACCCUCAAUAUGGAACUCCAGGACCACACAGAACAGAGGUCAGUACAUACAGUGGUUUUACAACUAUGUACAUGGAGUGAGCAUGCGGUUCUGGGUUUCAACCCCAA